AUGUCAAGCUUGUCCCUAUAUUGUGUAGAGGCUCUUCUAAUACUCGAUGGUACCGGUGAUAGAGUUUAUGCUAAAUACUAUCAACCACCUCACUCCAAUUCUUAUGUGCAAAAUGCUUCAUUAAUUAAAAAUGUUAAAAAACAAAAGGAAUUUGAAAAACGUCUGUUUGGUAAGAUUCAUAAACAUGAUACAGAAAUUUUGAUCUUUGAAGAUCAUAUUGUCUUAUAUAAGGAGUACAUGGAUAUCAUAUUAUGUUUAGUAGGUUCAAUUGAUGAAAAUGAAGUAAUCCUACAACAAGGUUUCACAGCUUUCCGUGAUUCAUUAGAUUUAAUCUUAGACUCAGGCAUUGAUAAAAAAAACAUCCAAGACCACUUCGAUAUGGUCUUACUUGCGAUAGAUGAAACUAUCGACAAUGGUAUAAUUUUGGAGACCGACCCUGCAACUAUAGCUUCAAGAGUCACUAAGCCUCCAACUAAUGAACCACAAUUGCAUCUAGAUCUAGACAAGGGUUUGAUGGGUGCUUGGGGUUUCGCAAAAAGCAAAUUACAAGAAAGAUUGCAACAAGGUUUAUAA